CUGGCUAAUACCCAAAGAAAACUAUCUAUGACAGAGGCUUUACUGAAGGCUGAAUCACAUCAUCGUAUGUGUUCACAAUAUAAAAUACAAGAGUUGCAGAAGGAAUUAGAUGAAAGCAGAAAUCAAGCUCAGCAUGAAAAGGAAGCAUUAAAGAAACAUAUGGAUUUAUUCCUAUCUCAGAAACAGAACUUGCAUGAAGUAAUGAAGCAAAAGCGUUAUUUAGAAAAAGAGAUAACCAGACUUCAGAAACCCUUAAAUAUGCCAAAACGGAAUUUCAGUGAACAGCUCAGUUUCCCCAAAAUUUUAAAACCAAGUAUAAAAGAAAUGGAAAGUGAGACUACAGGAUUAAAACAGAAGAAACAGCAAGCAGAGGACUAAUAAGAGGCCCUUCCUGGAGACACCUUGUGUUGGAAAUCCUAAUAACAGUUUUG